CAACAAACCGAACAUUAAGGCCCACUGUAUUUCAUUUAUACAGCGAGUCAUUUCUCGUAGUUUCCUUCUUGGGAAUUUGAAGAAUUGAACCUAAGAAAUAGAAUGUUUUGAGGUCUAAGAACACGGAAAAACGCUUCAUCUGCCUCGCCGAAGAAGACGCUUUCGCGUGCUGGCUCCUCGAGUCCCCUUAAGCAAAAGGUCAUGAGCAACUCGGCGUCUCCAGCAAAGAAAUCGUUCGCAAACGCAGUGCGCAGUUCUGUUUUGGGCCAAGCAGCCGGGAAAAAUCUCUUUGGCGCUUAUGUCCUCCACUCGAGUCUUCCUCACUCUAGACUUCGCGUGUUGAACCGUUGUAAUAUCGCUGAAGAGUAGUUGUAACUACCUAAAAUUUAUCUGCGUCUUUGCAGAUCAUAAAGGUAUCUGACACUUGUCUCUUUCCACGCACUAGUAAUUCGUACAGAUUAAGGGAGAGUCAUACACCGAUAAGAAGCUGCUGGUCCCAGAACCAAGGAGUGUUUGAAAUUCGUAACUAAACGAUUGUCUAUCCCUCCAUGCGCAGGGCUUCGUCUUUACUAGACAAUUUUCGCAUAUUUUUGUUUUCUAACAAGCAGGUGGCAAAAAUAACAAGUCAGCAACACAGUUGCCGAAUCUUUUACAGGAUCCUCUCGGGGCAACUGUCAAGGAUAGUGCAUUUCCCAGCAACUUGCCACGCAUUGGAGCCAGCUUGGUGGCUGAUGCGCCAUAUCAAGGAGCAUCAGCGGGCGGCACACCAGUAUGGAUAUUCGAGUUCUUUUCAUCUAAUGUGAGCAGACCAUCUCGGCACCUUCUUUUCCUGCUCUUGUAGCUGAGAAACACGGGAGGUGUGAUUGUGUAGCCUAGAUGGUCAGCCUACUUAUAUGGAGAUGAUAGAGCUUCUGUGUCAUCACCAGGAGCGGACACGGGGGCUUCGGCGGGUGCGCGAGGCUGGAGCAAGAGCAAGAG